AUGGCGAACAACACGCACGACGCCCUUCCCGGGGGCUCUUCGCCGCUCGGAUCUUUAGCUACCGUCCUCGUUCCAAUUUUGGCAGCCCUUUUCCUGGUUGUUUCUCAUCGACGUUUGAGAGCGCCAAAGAUCCCGACAAUCAAUGCCUACCCUGGAGACUGGAUGCUCAAAAAGGCGCAUCAGCGUUUCGAGCAAAAUGCAAGAGCUCUCAUCCGCGAGGGAACCGAGAAGUUCAAAGGACCGUUUCGCAUCAUCACUGCACUGAGCUCGACUAUUCUCGUCCCAACUGAGUGGGCGGAAUGGGUCAAGAACUGCAACGAACUGGACCAUUUGGAAUGGACCUAUCAUGAAUUCUUCGGAGGGUAUCCUGGCUGGGAGGGAAUCACGGCAGCCGUGUGCGACCCAAACAAACUACUCAUCGAGGUCACAAAGGGCAAGCUGAACCAGAACUCACAGUGCACCCUGUUCCGAGAGCAGAUGGUCAGGGCCCUCCACGAAACAUGGACAGACGACCAGGAAUGGCACAGCAUCGACUGGCACAAAGAUUCCUUAGACCUCAUCAGCCGCAUGUCCGCCGCCGUCUUCGUCGGACCCGAGCUGUGCGCCGACCCAGAAUGGCAGGACAUCGCCAUCACCUACGCCACCAACAUGUUCCUCGCCACACGCGCGCUGCGCCGAUACCCCCGCUUCACGCGGACCGUGGCCAACUGGUUCCUUCCGGAGAGCAGCAAGUGCCGCGAGCAGGUGCGCCGCGGCCGCAAGAUGAUCCAGGACGUGCUGGACGAGCGCGCCGCGAAGAAGCAGGAAGCCCUGGCGCAGGGGCGCGAGCCGCAUCGCCACGAGGAUACGCUGGCUUGGCUGGAGGAGCGUGCCGACGGGAAGCCGUACGAUCCCGUUGCCAUGCAGCUCGGCUUCGCCAUGGCGGGUCUGCACACGACGACCCAGCUGCUCAAGCAGGCUGUGCUGGAUAUCUGCGGGCAGCCUGAGCUGGUCGGCCCGCUGCGCGAGGAGAUUGCGAUGGCGGUGGAGGAAAGCGGGUGGACGACGGCCGGGCUGUACAAGAUGCAGCUGUUGGAUAGCGUAGUCAAGGAGACGCUGAGGCUGAAGCCGGGGACGUUGGCCAACCUGGAGCGCCGGUCCCUCAAGGACAUCACUCUCCCAGACGGCACCAAGAUCCCGCGAGGCACCAACGUGUCUGUCGACAGCUCGCGUAUGUGGGACCCGGCCGUCUACGGCGAGGACGCGGCCCGCUUCGAUGGCUUCCGCUUUCUACGACUCAGGCAGCAGGGCGCCCCAGCCACUUCCAUGGUGUCGAGCAGCCCCGAGCAGUUCACCUUCGGCGUGGGCAAGUCCAUCUGCCCUGGCCGCUUCUUCGUCCACAACCAGAUCAAGGUCGCACUCGCGAACAUUCUACUCGAUUACGAUGUGCGGCUCGCCGACGGCUACACGCCAAAGUUCUUCGAGUUUGGAUUCGAGAUUAUGGCGGAUCCAACACCAAAAGUAGAAGUCCGUAGACGUUGA